GCCAUCCACCACACCGAGCCCCAAGCCCCCCAACUCCCGAGCCCUCGGACCUCCAUCCCUGUUUCCCAUGGCUGUGCGGCCUGUGCCUCCGCGGUGGGCGAACCUCGACAUCGACCUGGUGACGGAGAUCAUGAACCGCGCCCCGUGCGUAAUCGACCGCGCGCGAAUGGCCGCCGUCUGCCAGGCGUGGCUCGAGGCGGUCGCGCGGGCAGAGCCUCUGACAUUUCAGCUCCCGUCGCUCCUCCUCCCGCCCGCGGACGUGACUGGCGUCUACUGCUACCUCAGCGGCUUCCGCGACCACAACAUGUUUCCCGGGCCCCGCUACUUCGGCUCGUACGACGGCGGCUGGUUCUUCCUCGCCUACGGCCAGACUCGCGGGCACCGGCUGUUCAACAUCCGCACCGGAGAAUCCUACGAGCUACCCGACGGGCUCGCGGAUAUCUUCACUAACGAUAUCCACAGCAUGGUCGUCCUCGCCGCCACCCUCUCGUUCCCGCCUCAUCACCCGGGAUGCGCCGCCGCAGGCAUCGUCACCUACCAGCCGGACCUCGACGCGCCGCGCCAACGCCACUUCGCGUUCUGGCGCCCAGGGGAUAGGAUGGCCGUCUGCGACGUUGUGCCCGCCGUGCCAAUUGAGCCGGGUUUGGAACCGGAGGACGUCGUGUACUACCGGGACUCCUUCCAUUUCCUCACACAAGGUGGGCAUAUCCUCGUGUGCAGUCCGAUCUUUGAUGGUGAGGGGCAUAUCCCAGGAGCGCUUUUAGAGUUAAUGCGCUUCCAGGAAGCGUGGUGCACUGACGAGCAGUUCGUCCGCGCUCGCUACCUCGUGGUAUCCCGCGGGGAGCUGCUGGUGGUCGUCAGGCUCGCUGCCCACCAUCACGCGCCGACUUCGUCGUUCAAAGUAUUCCGGGUGAUUCUAAAGUCUAAGACCUGCCGGUUCGAGGAGGUUGCAUUGUGUGGCCGGAUGCUGUUCUUGGGGCGAGGAUGCUCCAGGUCAUACGAGGUGAGUCAGUACCCGGGGUUCAAGGACAGCAUCUUCUUCUUGGACGAUAGGAGCUUCUACGACGACGCCGAGAUGAUGUUCGGCGGAGUCAAUGAGAGGCAGUACCCUUGCAACGACAUCGGUAGGUGGUCGCCGGAAGGGCUGCUGCCUUCCCACGUCGAAUUCUACUUCCCGGAGCGGGUUCCUUCUUACAACUCUCCUCCAGCUUGGCUUCUCCCUUGAGAUAGUAACUGAAAAUGUAUGCACUGUUUGGUUCGCAUAUUUGAACCAAACGGCACCCAGAUGUGUUCUGUUUGUUGCGUCUAGCAUUCCAACUAUUCUGUACUUUGUGCUACUCUAUGUGAAAUGUGCAGAAAAGGUUGCCAGUUUAUGACAUCUUUGUGUGAAUUAACGGGGAAUCCGGUUUCUUUU